AUGCUGUCCACCAUGACCAUGGGGUUGACGAUUGAUGUCUACGGCCCGAUCAGCGACAAUGCGGGUGGAAUCGCGGAAAUGUGCGGUAUGGGUCCGGUAUGAACUGCAAAAGUAUCGUACUCGUAGUAAUUGCAGUCAUGCAAGACAAAUUUCGUUUUCAAGCUAAAUCAGCAUGAGAAAUUCCGUUUGUCAUGCUGAGCCAAUUUGUGUUGCAAUACUACGAGUGCGAUACUUUUGCAGUUCAUAUCCGGAAGUGCGCCGUCGAACGGAUGCUCUGGACGCGGCGGGAAACACAACCGCGGCUAUCGGAAAGGGAUUCGCAAUCGGCAGCGCGGCGUUGGUGUCCCUGGCUUUGUUCGGGGCGUACUGCGUGCGGGCACAGGUAAACAUAAACUGUAACUGUUAUAUUUUCUUCCUGAACUACUACUUGUACUUCCAAUCGACUUUACAAACUCUGCGUGGUGUACUAGUCUUGUGCUACCCAUCAACUCAUCAAGGUUGUACUAGUCUUGUGCUACCCAAUCAUCCACGCAAACAACCCAUCAACUCAAAGGUCGAGACGGUCGACAUCCUCGACCCGUGGUGCUUCUCUGGUCUUCUCUACGGUGCCAUGAUGCCGUACGCCUUCUCGGCCAUGACCAUGAAGUCGGUCGGUGAAGCCGCGAACGACAUGGUCAACGAGUGCAUGCAACAGUUCCCGAAAAUUCUCUCCGGGGAAAUCAAGCCCCAGUACCAGCGCUGCAUUUCCAUCUCCACAGAAGCGUCCCUGCGUGAGAUGCUCGCACCGGGUGCGCUGGUCAUCUUGUCCCCACUAUCAACUGUAAAAAUGUCUGGGUCUGGAAGAUUGGAACUUGUCAUGCUGUUUUUGGACUCUAAAAAAAAUUGUAUUGCAUGACCAGCAAAAUGGGUACAGUUUUUGCUACACAGACGGGCCAUUUCUCAUGCGGAAGGUGCAUCAGGAAGCCCUCUAAAAGUCUGCGAUGCUAGUUCAAGCAUUACAGGCAUUAUGGGUCAUGAGAAAUAUGCAUGACAAAUCUUGCAUUCUUCCAGACCCAGACACUUUUACAUUUGAUACCCACUCGUCGCGGGCUUGGCGUUUGGGAAGAACUGCACGGCCGGGGUCCUGUCAGGUAUAGAUUGUGUGAUGCGAUUUUCAAUAUAGAGCAGUGAUUUCUAUCUUGAUCAUUUCGGUAGCUUCUGAUGCAAAAACCUGCAGCAUUGAGACUUUUACUCUCUCAUGCGCAUAGUACACAUGACAUGAUUAACCUCCUAUCAGGUGCUCUCGUCUCCGGGGUUCAGCUGGCAAUCAGCAUGAGCAACAGCGGUGGCGCAUGGGACAACGCAAAGAAAUACAUUGAGGCUGGUGGCUUGGGACCGGAGUUUGGAAAGGGUAUUUCAACAGUAAUAUUGCAAUCAUGCAUUACAAAUUUCCAUCCCAAGGUGCCACAGCAUGAAAAAUUCCAUUUGUCAUGCUGGCCGAAUUUGCAAUGCGAUUUCUACUAGGACGAGCAUAUUCUCCUGCUAUGCGAAAAUCUUUGUCACACGACAGGUUCUUCCGCCCACAAGAACGCGGUCACCGGUGACACCGUCGGCGACCCACUCAAGGACACCUCCGGCCCGUCCCUGAACAUUGUGGUCAAGCUAUCCUGAGCAAAAAUGUACCCACCCCAGAGUUGUAAUGCAAAUCUGCAUGCUGAAAAUGUUUCUCAUGCGGAGACCCAUGAGAAGCAGUCUCUAGUCGUGUUGCGGGAUUUGUGAUGCUAUAAUCAGCAUCAUAUGCUAGAUCUGCUAUGCUGCUGAACUACCUAAACAGGAUUACAUUACAAGGACAAACUUGUCAUGCGAAACAGCCAAAGCUGGUUGAUUUGUCUAGCAGAUUUACCAUCUCGACUCUGGUGUGGGGACGUUUUUGCAUAGGAUACAAGCUGUCUGCCAUCAUGUCCCUGGUCUUCGGCUCUGUCAUCGCCAACUGGUCGAACCCAAAAACUGGCGGGCCGUUCUGGCUCGCGGUCUCCGCCGCUGCGCCAGAUGCAGCUCCCGUCAAACCAACGCUGUGA